GUGAUGUUGGAGGUCAGAAUGGAGAAGUGUGUCACAUACUUCACCCUCCUCGUACUCACAUCCCCCGCCGUCUUAUCCUGGCCACACACUCCAGACAUUUAUUCAGGAAUGGCCAGUGAGUUUCCAGCAGUUUGCGGUGGAGAUAUCUCAGUAGAAUCAACAGUGACCGUAUCAAGCCCUGGCUUCCCCGACAACUACCCGUCUGGUGUAGACUGCAGGUGGACGGUAAAUACAGCUAAUGGCGGCAACAUAAACGUGACGUCACAGUAUUUCAGCGUGGAGGAGCAGAAGGAAUGUUUGUGGGAUUAUUUGGAAAUUAACGAACAGAACGCGGAAGGUAACAUUACCGGAAGAAGGUACUGCGGUUAUGAGCCAUUUGUCUACGAAUCUGUAUCACAGGUGAUCUAUCUUUAUUUCCAUAGCGACGACACCGGCCAGGGCGCAGGAUUCAGACUCAUGCUCCAGGUGCUACCUUUAGAACACGCUGAAAGAAGCUGUAACCAGUCUUUGGUUGGACCUUUGGGCUAUUUCACAAGUCCGAAUUACCCGAUAAAAUACUACCCAGAUGACUUAUGCGCAUAUCUCAUCCAGGUGUCGGACGGAGAUCAGAUUGAAGUCAUAUUUGAUUCUUUUGAUGUGGAAACGUCACCGUGUGAUUUUGAUAAACUCGUCAUAUAUGACGGGCCUAAUGCUGCCGCUCGUCUGCUGAAAGUCGUCUGCGGCCGUCACGUGCCCGAGCCCAUCACGUCGUCUGGCAGCUCCAUGUUUGUGCUCUUUUCGUCUGACCACAACACGCAGACGACGGGGUUCAACGCGACGUACCGUGCGCUGACAUCAACUACGAUAUGGACGACGACAGCGACAACACAAACAGAUAUCUCAAAUUGCGAUGUCGUUGUCACUGAUACGACAGGUAACAUUUCUAGUCCUGGAUUUCCGGGUAACUAUGGCAACAACCAGCGAUGUGUGACUACCAUCCGGGCGGAGAAUAUCAGCACGAUUACCAUAGAGUUCACUGAGUUCAGUGUUGAAACAUCAGAAAACUGCACAUACGACUCCUUGACUAUUAAACCAGACUUGACGUCAUCUAACGACUCUGACAUCGACGACGUGGUCCUCUGCGGCAACGACCUCCUGAUGACACUCUACACGUUUCAGACAACCAGGGUCCAGUUGGUGUUCACCUCGGACAGGUCUAUUAAUAAACCGGGCUACUUAGCCACGUAUUACAUAACGCCGCCCAUGGAAGACACCUGUACCGUACAAUGCGACAACGGUGGUGAGUGUGUCAGAGGAAACACAACAGAGUUGUCCUGGACGUGUGACUGUCCCCGCGGUUUCGGCGGAGAUGUGUGCGAGUUCGACUACCGAGACACGUGUUAUACUCACGAGUGUAAGAACGGCGGGGGGUGUAUCAUGAAGGAGGGUCGACUGGAGUGUCACUGCCCGGAUGGAUACACUGGAACGUCGUGUGAGAAGCGAGUUCAGCUGACAGAGCAAAGAGAAUCCGAGAUAUUUAGCAAGUUUCCCAAGAACACCACACUAGCCAUGGGAAGUAGCGUUCUGCUGGAGUGUGCUGUCCACGACCCCACUGCUGACGUCAUGUGGUUGCACAAAGAGAGAAUACUCAGCGAAGGGGACCGCAGCAGCGGUAUAGAGGUUCACCCUGGCGGAGUAAUACACAUACCGGAUGUUACGGAAGACCAGGAGGGGAAGUACACAUGCGUAGCGAUUUUUUCCAAAGAGCUGCACGAAGUUUCUGCAUGGAUUAAACUGAUCCAGCCUUGUAAACUGCCUGUGGUCAUUGCUCCGCGGAAUGUGACAGUGGCGGAAGGAUACAGCGCCUUGUUCCAGUGUUUCGUUCCGGAUGCUGACGUCAUCGUUUGGAGGAAAGAUGGUGAACUUUUGCGACUGGAUAAACGAAAACGGGUUCUCGUUAACAACUACUUGCGCGUUGAGAAGAUCAUAGAGACGGACUCUGGCGAAUACACUUGCGCCGCUAGAGGGCGCAAUGGCUGUUACGCGCGAAUAUCAGCAUUUAUGGACGUGAAGACGAAAGGCCACGAUGGAGCCUGUGGGCGACCUCAUCUUGUCGACGAUUCGGUCAACAUGAGAAUCUCCAGCGGAAGGGAAUCGCCAACUGGUGCUGCCCCCUGGCACGUCAUCAUCCGAGAGAAAGAACUGGGUGUCACGUACUGCGGAGGAUCUCUUAUCACCGACAGAUGGGUCAUGACGGCUGCGCACUGUGUGUUUCGCUUUAAAGAUAUCUUUAAGACUGACUUCCGGAAAGACAAUGUCGACCUGUACCUGGGGACUAAACACUGCCGCGGCGAGGGCGGCGUUCACAGGAGUCUCAAGAACUACAUCAUACAUCCACGGUUCAACGGGUCGUUCCACAACAACGACAUCGUCUUGUUUGAACUCGAUCGACCGGUGGUUUUCAAUGACGUCAUCUUGCCCAUUUGUCUGGAGAAACUUCCAUUCGUUGAAGAACUUCUCAAAAGUGGUCGCCUGGGGAUGGUCACUGGCUGCGGACAGUUAUACGAAGACGGCCGAUCUCCACUGUACCUCAACGAAGUCCGAAUCCCGUACGUUAAUCGAAACGAGUGUAACCGCCGGGUUGUCGCCAUUCCUGAUGCGCAGUUCACGGAAAGCAUGAUCUGCGCAGGCUAUCAGCGGAGCAUGCACGGAGAUGCGUGUGCUGGCGAUAGUGGGGGUGCGUUCGUAAUGGAGUACCAUGGGCGGUGGAUUCAAGUGGGAAUAGUGUCGUGGGGAGUGGGGUGUGACCGGCAGAAUCAGUAUGGGUAUUACACCCAUGUCGGCAAGUUCUACGACUGGAUUAUAAAAACUGUUUCUAAAUCAUAGUCUAAACAUUGGACGCAGUAGAUUUGAAACGUACAAUUUUUGUUUAUUUCAUUUCGAGAUUUAAUAAAAUCAAAACUAA